AUGGAGUCGAUCUUUACUGAACUUCACCAGCAGAUUGAGGCCGAUGCCGCCAACAAGGAGACUCUCCGGCAGAUCGAACGGGAGUUUGCCCAGGACACCGCCCACAUAAAACUGGCUCUCCACCUCCUGGCGGCUCCUACCCAGCUCCAGGUGCCCGACCAUCGCGCCGAGCUUUUGAAGCUUUUUAACACUUACAACGACAAAUUGAAGCCCGUUGUCAACAGCGACCGGUUAUCCGACCGCUUCACCCAGGAACUUCUCACCUUGUACCUCACUAACGGCUAUUUCCUUGAAGUUAAGCGCGCUUUCGCCUCGGACUUGGACACCAUCACCAUCAAUCUCAUGGACGUCGUCAUCCCCCCCGCUCAAUUGAUUGCCCAAGGGUUUCACAACGACGAGAACGUGUUGGAGUACCUGCACUAUCUUUUGUCGGUGCUCACCAUGGUCGACGCCAUUGUCGAAUACACUAGUGAUGCCAUCAUUAAUGUGCUGAUGGAACCUGGGGCCGACAAGCGCCAGUACGCCAUUGGCCCGGCCAACCUUGAUAUCGUCAACAAGCUCAGCACCGGGUUCGGCAUGUUGGACUUGAAGAACGACGGUAUCCGUCGUAAGUAUGACGGGCUCAAGUACGCCGUUAAGCGGAUCAACGGGUUUGUCUACGACUUGCUGUUGCGGGGCCUCAUCACCGUCAAGCCCGAGGUGGUGGAAUCGGCCUAA